AUGUCAUCGUAUGGAGGAUCACCUCUUGCUCCUCCACCUCUUCCUCAUCUUCCACCACCUCCUCUAACUUCUUCAACUGCUGGACAGCCCAUCCCACACCCUAUCCAGAGUACGUCGUCAGUUGCGAUUGGAUCUCCUCCAUCUGCUGUCGUUCCAUCGUCAACUCCAGUCAUCCAACCUCCCCCUCCUCCACUUUUACAACAACAACAACCUCAACCACUUGCCCCUCCAAUGAUGCCGGUCAUUCAACAACAACAACAACAACCUCCUCCACUAUUACAACAACCUCAGUUCUUUCCACAACAACUCCCUCCUCAACUACUCCAACAAUCUCCCAUGCCCCUUGCACCCCAACAUUUCUAUGUGCCACCACCACCACAACCUCCUCUAUCACACCAUAUUCCAUUGGAUUUUCACCAAGCAAUGGGUAUCCCAAUGCCAAUCACGGGAACAUCGAUUCUGCAAGCAAUAGCUGAUACCAAGCUAAUCAACGUUGGUGACACCAAUCAACCAUUCAUUAUCCAACAACAACAACAACAACAAUUUCUUCAACAUCAACAACAACAACAACAACCUGUAAAUGAUCAACAACAAACAUCCAAUCAAUCAGUACCUAGAUUCAGACGUGAAAACAAGUUUCGUGUGUUGAUACCACAAACCAAUGUUGGAAUGACAGUUACCAAGGAUGGACAAACCACACCAACCACGCCCGUUGGUAAAAAGAUCCAGACCAUUAUAUUGAACAAAUCUCGAACCAACGCACUGCCGCCUGUCAAUGAGGCUGCCACCAAUCCUUCAUUCACAUUCGGCAACAUAUUCCCAGAUAUUCAAAAGAUGUCACCAUUCUCUAAUCUGCCAACCUCUCCAAGCACAAAAAAGAAUCUGACACCAUGGUCAAUGAAUGGUAAAUUACCAUCACUCUCACAUCUCAUGUCCCUGGAUCUUGGUCACACGACCACCACCACGAAUUAUAAAUAA